AACAGAGCGAAACUGGUCGGAGACGCUUCGAGGCGGUUGUAGGGGCUGAGGUGCUGCAUCGGUGCCGGCGGACCAGGGACUUGGACGAGCGGCGGCGGCGACGGCCCGAGGGAAAUACAACCCAGAGGAAGAGUUCCAUUUGGUAAUUUAAUCAGUGCAAGUGAAAUUAAGGAACGAUGGAUGUAGAAAACGAGAGGAUACUGAAUGUAAACCCUGCAGAGCCUGAUAAUUUAAGUGACUCUCUCUUUUCUGGUGAUGAAGAAAAUGCUGGGACUGAGGAAAUAAAGAAUGAGAUAAAUGGAAAUUGGAUUUCAGCAUCCUCCAUUAAUGAAGCUAGAAUUAAUGCCAAGGUGAAAAGGCGGCUACGGAAAAACUCGUCCCGGGACUCGGGCAGAGGCGAUUCUGUCAGUGAUAACGGAAGUGAAGGCCUUAGAAGUGGAGUAACUGUACCAACCAGUCCAAAGGGAAGGUUGCUAGAUAGGCGAUCCAGAUCUGGGAAAGGAAGGGGACUACCAAAGAAAGGUGGUGCUGGAGGCAAAGGUGUCUGGGGUACACCUGGACAGGUAUAUGAUGUGGAGGAGGUGGAUGUGAAAGAUCCUAACUAUGAUGAUGACCAGGAAAACUGUGUUUAUGAAACUGUAGUUUUGCCUUUGGAUGAAACGGCAUUUGAGAAGACUUUAACACCAAUCAUACAGGAAUAUUUUGAGCACGGAGAUACUAAUGAAGUUGCUGAAAUGCUAAGAGAUUUAAAUCUUGGCGAAAUGAAAAGUGGAGUACCAGUGUUGGCAGUGUCUUUGGCGUUGGAGGGAAAAGCUAGUCAUAGAGAAAUGACAUCUAAGCUUCUUUCUGACCUUUGUGGGACAGUAAUGAGCACAAAUGAUGUAGAAAAAUCAUUUGAUAAAUUGUUGAAAGAUCUACCUGAAUUAGCAUUGGAUACUCCUAGAGCACCACAGUUGGUGGGCCAGUUUAUUGCUAGAGCUGUUGGAGAUGGAAUUUUAUGUAAUACCUAUAUUGAUAGUUACAAAGGAACUGUAGAUUGUGUACAGGCUAGAGCUGCUCUGGACAAGGCUACUGUGCUUCUGAGUAUGUCUAAAGGUGGAAAGCGCAAGGACAGUGUUUGGGGCUCUGGAGGUGGGCAGCAGUCUCUUAACCACCUUGUUAAAGAGAUUGAUAUGCUGCUGAAAGAGUAUUUACUCUCUGGAGACAUAUCUGAAGCUGAACAUUGCCUUAAGGAACUGGAAGUACCUCAUUUUCACCAUGAGCUUGUAUAUGAAGCCAUUGUAAUGGUUUUAGAGUCAACUGGAGAAAGUACAUUUAAGAUGGUUUUGGACUUAUUAAAAUCUCUUUGGAAAUCUUCUACCAUUACUCUAGACCAAAUGAAAAGAGGUUAUGAGAGAAUUUACAGUGAAAUUCCAGACAUUAAUCUGGAUGUCCCACAUUCAUACUCUGUGCUUGAGCGAUUUGUAGAAGAAUGUUUUCAGGCUGGAAUAAUUUCCAGACAACUCAGAGAUCUUUGUCCCUCAAGGGGCAGAAAACGUUUUGUAAGUGAAGGAGAUGGAGGUCGUCUUAAACCAGAGAGCUACUGAAUAUAAGAACUCUUGCAGUCUUAGAUGUUAUAAAAAAAUAUAUAUAUAUCUGAAUUGUAAGAGUUGUUAGCACAGGUUUUUGGGGUUUUUUUUAGCACUUGUUUUGGGUACAAGGCAUUUCUGAAAUUUUGUAAACUUACAUUUAAGGGAAAUUUUUAAAUGAAGUGUUUUUCUUUUCCUUUUUUUUUUUUUUUGAGCCUGUAAAGGAGGGACAGAAAAGUAACCACUUCUUAAGUGGGAUAUUCUCAUAAGCUACCUUUUUUAAGUGCCAUGUUUAUGACAUAAUCAUUCCAAGUUUUGCAUUGAUGUCUGACUGCCACUCCUUUCUUUUAAGGACAGUGUUUUUGUAGUAAAAUCACUGGUUUAUACAAAGCUUUAUUUAGGGGGUAAAGUUAAGCUGCUAAAACCCCAUGUUGGCUGCUGCUGUUGAAAUACUGUGCUUUGGGAGUAAAAAAAAAAAAAAAAGUUCUUUGUCUUAAAGAAUUUUUUAAAAAUGACUUAGUUAUGAAGACUUAUUCAUCUUUCCAGGGAACAUAUUGCUCAGUCUUAAGGACUAGACAGUUAAGUAAAUGGUGGCUGGAACAUCUAUUUUUCUACAAAACUGGACGAAUGAACCCAGUUCUAGAAGAAUGUAUGACAAAAUAAAACACGUGAUGCAGUGUUGAUUCUU